GCAAAGCACGCGGGUCAACGGGAUAUGCAAGCGUUACCCUUACCGCCGAGCAUUCCCACACAUGUCAAAAGAUCAUACAAGCGGGCCUACGCCAGGUCUUGCCGCGAAGGCGGGGCAUGGUACCGAGGACUGUGGAGACCGUACAAGUGGUUCUCGACAACCACCAUCAGAACUCAAGCCAUGAGCAGGAUCUCCAGAACGCCACCCACGGCCAGAGCUCUCAAGGUACUCACCUGGAACUCAGGCGGCUUACACUCACAAGUUCUUCGUGAAUUAGAAACAUGGGCGCAGGACACUGCUCAGGAAAUUGUCCUGAUACAGGAGACCAAGUGGGACUUCGAAGGGAACUGGAGCACGCCUCACUUCCACUUUGUUCACUCUGCAGGACACGUUCGCGAGGACAAGGUGGGCGGGCUGCUCACCAUGAUCUCCACCAAAGUGGUCAAACGCUCAGAGAUUCAGUUCCAUUCGGUCUUCCCCGGUCGGCUGCUACAUCUCCGGCUCAACCUUCAACCACCCAUUGACAUCAUCAAUGCCUAUCAAUAUGCUGCCAAUGAUAACAAUCAAACACCUGAACGAAGGCAUCGCUUCAUCCUUCGGCUGCAAAGCACAUUGCGGAGUGUGCCGGCUCGAAAUACAGUCAUCUUGGCAGGUGACUUCAACACAACGUGUGUCCCGCUGAAGCAGGUAUGCGGAAACUGGGUUAUGCCGGCGAACGAGGCACAUCACAAAGAUCAUGAAGACUUCAUGGCUGUGCUAGCGAACCACGCGUUGUCAGUGCUCAACACGUGGACCAGGCCGCAUCAUCAACAGCUGGCGACUUUCACGUUUGGCAAGCUGGCGUCCCAGAUUGACUAUAUAGUCUGUAGACAAUCUCAUGCUAACAAUCGAGCCAAACAAGCAGCCAUUCUUCAACGCGAGCAGUUUCCGGUUGCCUGCUGGAGAGACGGCGCCACACAUCAUCCGGUACAAGGCUUCAUUCCGUUGCAGCAUCCACAAUGGCACAAAUCUGUCACGAAACCUCCACCAAAGAUCGACGUUAACAAGCUCGUCCUGGACAUGCGGCAGCAGCCACCCCCACAGGCACUUGUAAAACUUCGGGAAUCGGUGGCUUCGGGUCUUGAAAAUAAUGACUGGCAGAGCAUGACACAGCUUGAAGAGGGCAUUAUGGCCUUGGCACAGGAACUCUAUGCUGUGAACACCACCAGACCACAGGCGUCAGAGGCCAGCACGGCGCUUGCACAAUGUGCUCGUGACAUGUGGGCGUUAUUCCGAGAGAUGCGAUCGCACUCGUUCACGGCAACGGGCAUCAUGCAGGCUUGGAAACAAUGGAAAGACUUCAGCCGACUCCACCGAGAGCACAAAGCUCGGUCCAAAGCUCGGAGCAAACAAAGGCGACAUGACCUGCUCACCAAGGCUCAGACUGCAGCCAACAAGGGAGACAUGCAUCAAGUAUGGCAGGUGGUUAAAACCCUGGCACCCAAAACCAAACCAAAACCAUUGCAAUUGUACAGGCAAGGACACAUCAUGACACCGGAGUCCGAGCUGAACUGGAUUGCAGAGGCCUUCGGUGAGAGGUAUGGGGCAAGGAAGCAACCACAACAUAAGCCGGACCGCCAGCAUGACCCAUUUCAGGUCACUACGGCGGAUGUAUGGCAUGAACUGGACCGUCUACCGCUGCGGAAGGCAGUGCCCCCAGACGCGGCCCCGGCCGCGGCGUGGAAAGCAUGCUCAGCGGAGGUCUCGGCUUUUAUCGCUGAUCAGGUGAACUUCCACUGGGCUCAACCCCAACUUCAAGUACAGCAAUCUUGGGCCGACGCCACAGUUGUUCUGAUUCCCAAGCCUGCUGGCAAGAAUGCUGGCCCGCUCGAUUGGAGGCCAAUUGGCCUCCAACACCCCAUCGGGAAGAGUAUUAUGCGGAUCGUCAUCAAUCAGGCCAGACAUCAGAUAAAUCAACUCGUCCAGGAAUGGCCGCAAUGCGCAUAUGUUCCUCACAGGAGUACAUUUACGGCACUCAAAAGGGUAUAUCAGCACUGUGAUGUGGUGCGGCGCAAGUGCGCCCAGCAACGUACUACGCUGCACCAACAGAAGGAAGGGAUAGAGAGAACAGGUGACUAUGGAGGGUUACAGAUCAGCAUGGACCUUUCAGCUGCCUUUGAUUUGGUGCCCUGGGAUGCGGUCAAGGAGGCACUGGAGCUAGCCCGUAUUGACCCCUUUGUGCAAGAGGUCCUGCUUCAGUGGCUGGGACAGGUACGAUACAAGUUCCGGCACAAGGGCAUGGAGAAAGAAGUCUGGCCUUCAUGGGGACUCAGACAAGGCUGUAUCGGGAGUCCCAUCCUCUGGGCAGCUUUCACGGCACUCCUGAGCCGAGCCAUAGAUCAUCGCAUUCAGGACAGAUGGUGCAGAGACCACGCGACGCUGUACGCUGACGACUCACACUUGAGAUGGCAAUUUGCUAACUUUCAGGAAUUUGAGCGAGCAGUGGUUGAGCUCAGGUGGGUCAUCGCCAUCUUUCGGCGAAUGGGCAUGAAGGUCAACACGCACAAAACUAAGGCCAUCAUGAAUGUGGUGGGACCCAUGAAGCACAAAAUCCACAAACUGUACGUUCGCGCCCAAGGCCAGGAGAAACGACUCCUACUUGCUCCCGGCGAUCCUAGCGCAUGGAUUCAACUUGUGGACAGGAGACACAUGCUACCGGACAUCAAGCCCGAGAUGAUGCAGGACGAGGAGAUGGACGAGUUUUUCGGCUCACUCAAAAUUCCGGAGGAAACGGGGGACAAGGAGAACAGGCCACGACAAGGCGAGACGGCAGCCAGAAACACACCCUUCGGGCCUUUUUCCACACCAAACAAGCGUCGCCGCAACCCGUUCGAGGACCGGAACCAGCAAUACACCUCGCCGCCGCCGUACCAACCUUAUCAACACCAUCAUCACCGCAACCAGGACCGGGACCCGCUCGUUUUCACCCUGGCCAAGACGGUAUUGAAACAGCAAGAGGAGCUCAGAGUGCUGAGACAGGAUACGGCCUUUAUCCUGUUCAUGCGGCCGGGUCAGGACUCUAUCCUGCAUCACCUUUACUCCACGGCAGUUGCUUUCAAAACAAAGCAGGAAGCAGACCCCACCUGGCAACUGGGUCAACAGCCUCUCAGGAUGGUUUUGGCCCAGGCUCUGUUCCGCGAGGUGGUCAGUCGAUUGAACAACACGAUCGCUACGCAGGAGCGCCUGCGGAGGGUCACGGACCAAGGAUGGAGGGAUGCAACGGGCUGGCGCUAUCAGAUGUGGAACCCCAGAACGAGGCAGUUGGAAGUGGACCCUUCCAGGCCACCCAUCCCGGAGGACAAGCUUCUGGAUCAUUUAUCCACCAUCUUGCAGUGCCUAAAGCACCCGGUGCUGACGAGGUUCCAUUGCACCCGGAAGAUGACGGAGACCAUGGUGGGACAGGCGACGUACAAGAUGGAUCUUUCCCUAAGGAGCCAUCCAGCACUCACCUUGUGGGACGAGAUGAGGCUCUUGCAGGGCAAUGCGGUGUUUCAGUUGGUGGGCCUAGGCUACAAAACCGAGGGGUUGGGGCGAGGGCCGGUGGAGCAGAGAAUCAUGGACAUGAUGUACGGGCGCCGAUGA